UCAUAAAUUUAUAAAAGAUAUAAAAAUGAAAAUAUCAAAUUUUCAAGAUUUUUAUACAAUUAAAUUAUUGUAAAUAAAUACUCCGUUUCAGAUUCUUAUUGUUGAUACUUAUUUCUGUAAUCUGUACUUCUUAAUUAAUCACUGCCAGUUUCUAAAUUUAGAUUUCUCUAAUAAUAAGUGAUACUAAAGCAGCUGGUCUCAAAAUGGUAGGUAAACAAUAACUACAUAUAAACGACAAUGGGAAUACAAAACAGAUAUAAGAGCUCAUUCGUUAGUAAAGGAACAACUAUUUUAACUGCAAAACCUUUUGCCUAUGUUUUACGAUCUUUAUACCGUAAUGAACGAUGUGACCAUUGUUUACAAAGUGGAAAGCUUUUUAGAUGUUCCGCUUGUCAAUAUGUUUAUUACUGUAAUCGAUCCUGUCAACAAGGAUCUUGGCCUACACAUAACACAGAAUGUGUAAAUUUAAAAAGAGUCUCGCCAAAAGUUGUACCAGAUAUGGCACGACUGAUGGCACGUAUAAUUAUAAAGCUAAGUCAAGGUGGAGAUGAUGAGGUGGAAUAUUAUACUAAAACAAAAUUUAGAAGAUUUAAGGAUUUGAUGUCCCAUUAUUCUGAUAUAAAGAAAGAUGAAAAGAAAAUGGAACAUUUUAUGUUUCUGUGUGGUGUGUUGUUUGGAUUUCUUGGAGAUACACCUAUGCCAAAUUCUGCAGAAUUAAUGGGUAUUUAUGGUCGAAUUUGUAUUAAUUCUUUUAACAUAUUUGAUCUGGAUAUGAAUAGUAUUGGUGUUGGGAUUUAUCUGGCACCUUCUGUUGUGGAUCAUAGUUGUGUACCCAAUGCUGUAGCUACUUUUGAAGGAAUUACUUUAAAUAUUAGAACGAUAGAAGAUCUUCCUAGUUUAGAUUGGUCUCAGAUAAGGAUAUCAUAUAUUGAUGUGCUUAAAACAACAAAGGAGAGACGUAGCGAAUUACAAAGUUCAUAUUAUUUUUGGUGUAAUUGUAAAAAAUGUGAAGAACCAGAACUAAUGGCAGAAGCAGCAGCAUGUUCAAAUAAAAAUUGUACAAAUCCAUGCUCUCCAGAUAUGGAAAGUUGCCCAGAGUGUAAUAUAAAAUUAUUAGAAAAUUUUAAAGAAAUCUUCGACGAAGUAUCUAGUUUUACAGCACACCAUUUACAAAACAUGAAAAAUAUGGCUUAUUUAGAUGUAAGUAAAAUGUGUCUCAAGAAACAAGAGGGUGUUUUACAUUCUCUUAAUAUUCAACAUGUACAAACUUUACAAACCGCUUUUGAUUCUUCCAUAAGUUUGCAACACUGGGAGGAAGCUGAAUUCUAUGCUAAAAAGCUUAUCAAAGGCUACUUAGUAUACUAUGGAGAGGUUCAUCCACUGACUGGCAUAUUGUUACUUAUGACUGGAAAGAUUCAAUUAUAUUUAGAAAAACCAAAACAAGCUCUUGAGGCAUUAAGGAAAGCAAAUUCAAUACUAGCUAUAACACAUGGAGAACAGCAUACAUUAGUACGGGAAAAUUUGAAGCCUCUUCUUUAUCAGGCUACAACAGAAGGACUGAAAUAGAUUAUAUUUUUCUAAUUACAAUACUUAUAAUUGUACAUAAUAUAUUGACAACAUGUAAUUUACAGUAAAUCAUUUUAAUAUUUAACAGAAAUACAAUUUUUAAU